UUACAAACAAGCGGACAGGCUUACUGAUUUAAUAAGAACUGAAAAUGAUGCAGAAAACACCCAAGAGGAACAAGCAGGCAGUUGCUUCUCAUGAGGAACCAGCAGCCCUUCCUGCGGACAAGAAGAAAAGAGAAAGUGCUGAUGACUUUGUAGCACUCCUGCCCCCAGAAGUCUGCUUCCAAAUCUUCGGUGAACUCGACCUGCAGAGCCUGUGCAACGCAGCAAUGACGUGCAGGAGCUGGAAUCAUGCUAUUGAGAACAACGACUGCUUGUGGAGACAUCAUUGCUUAACUGUAAGAGCCAUCUGUCAACGAGAGAUUGAUUACGAUCGACGAAAUGGAUACUCCUGGAAGAUCACGUUGCUGCGAAACUAUUGGAAGAGCAAAGUGAAGCAAGAAUGGCUGAGCGGAAAAUACAGUCACGUUCAUUCUCGCAGCAGCUUGCCAGAGAAAAGCAUGUAUCCCAUGGAUGCUGACACCUGGGGAGAAAUCCUGGAGGCAGAACUKGAGAGAUGAGACACUAGCAUAAGGUUCUUCAGUUGCAAGAACCAGCAUCAAACAACUUGCACAUAACGGACUGCUGAACUGUAAAUAUUUUGUUCUUCAUCAGUUGUGUUUGCAAACAUGUGGUGAAAGUUUUUCAGAGAAAAGAUA